ACGAAGAUAAAAUAAUAAAACAAUUGAGUUACACGUUAUAGUCGCGGUUUGUGAAGUCUUCAAACUACUAGAAGAAACCACCAUCAUCGCAUUCAAUUUCUCUCUCAACACAUCACUCACACAGAACAGAUAGAACAAUUCUCUCAAAUUCAAUCCAAUCCAAUGAGCAAUUACCCUCCACCAGGGUUCGGAUCUCCGUAUCCACAACCAGGACCACCGCCAUCUCACCACCACCACCACGAAGGCGGUUUCCCUCCACCGGGACAUCCGGGAGGAUAUCCUCCUCCACCACCACCGCCAUCUCACCACCAUCAUGUUCAUCAUCAGCACAAUUCUCCACCGUAUGAUUCCUACCAGGGCUAUUUUGACAACACUUAUCCACCACCGCCUCCUGCUGCUCCUCAGUAUCAUUACCAGCAUAUUGAUCAUCACCGCUAUGAUGAUGCUGGUUGCUUUUCGUUCUUCCGUGGCUGCUUGGCGGCACUUUGUUGCUGUUGUGUGCUAGAGGAGUGCUGUUGCUUUUUCUGAUAAUCACGCCAAAACAAAAGUUGCUUCUUUCGUUCGGAGAACUUGGUUAUGUCCCUAUGUAAAAAAUGUUGCUUCAAUUCUUGAUUUAUAGUGUUUGAUAUGGUAAGUGUUUGUAAUAUUUGUUACUUGUUCUUCUCAAGCUACAUACAAGUCCUGGUUUGUACACAAGUUAUGUCAAUGUGUGAAUUUAUUUGUACCAAUACUAUAUUAGAAUUUGUAAACCAUUUCUUAUAUGGUUUAACAUAUAAUAAUAUGGUUAAAAUAAAUAUCAAAUUACUUAGCAUAUGAA